AGCCGCAGGUAGUAGCCAAACAUUGGGCGACAACUCGACAACGCAAUAAAGUGCUCUCACUUUAAAUUUAAAAAAAUGCUUUAAAGUCCGCUUCUUCCUUAAAGUGUUUAGUGAAAGCAAGUACAUUUCUUGUAAGUUGGAACCUUUUCUUUCAUUUUGAGACGUUAGCGGAGGGAAUUUUUCUUUCCUUUACGACUUCCGCACUCAAAGUCAUUUGUGAUACCGUUUGACGUAAACUACACACUCUUAUGCGGUCAGAGGGGUUCUGAGCCAUGCCUGGCCGCAGCACUGGGCCCCCACCGGCAUCCCGCCACCAUAAACAUCAUGGCUCCAGACCAGGGAAGUACAGUCACGCUCCGGCUAUAUUAAGGGAAAAUACAACUAACCAAGACUCCUACAAGGAUCCUCAUGGAGAUCAUCCUCAUUAUGUCCACUUCCGCUACUCAGAGACCAAACAUAGUCGUAAAGCACCCCCACGCAAUGGCACCGGAAGGGGCUCAGACACUAUAGGCUUCAUUCCUGGCUCCGCAGACAGCACGCCUACCAGCAGACAUGCCUGUGGCUCCUGUGCCUCCAUGGGCUGGAGCGGCUGCAAGGCCCUUAUCUGUUGCGUACUGACCUGUGGAUUUUAUGGCAGCCGAGAGCCUUGCCUGCCUGUUACUGAGAGCUCCACAGAUCAUCCCCCUAAAGCAAGUGGCGAGCCCCACCCGCCUAAUGGCAUAGCUGUUACCAACUCCGCUCCACUUGAAUCCAGCAAGUCCCCUAAAACCUAUAAAUUGCCCACAAAUGACAGCUUCCGCUACCCGGAUGUGCGUAUUGCAGGUCAGACGGUGAGAUAUCCGGUAUCGGCCCCUAAGCGGACCCGAACAUCAGGCCGGGGGGAGAGCCAUCGGCCAAUCAGCAACACUAGCCUGUUAUCUCGUGAGGACUAUGACUUGGAUGACAUGAGUGACACGGGCACAGAUAUUGACUCUCUCAUCACUAAGAAGCUGCUGGAGUUGUACGCCCUGCACCAGAUCGAUCAGCUGGCCAAGUGCACCUCCGACUCAUCAUUCUCCCGCAAGACCAAUGAGAUCAGCGAGCUCAUAUACAGCAUCGCUCAGGACUACAACCUGGAGGAGCAGGAGGCCGAGUGCAAGCUGGUGCACGGAGUCAUUCGCAUCAGCACCCGCAAGGGGAAAAGAAACAAGAGUCAUCAUUCUGCAGGACAGCGUCCUAAUGGGCGGAGUGACGGCACGCUGCCUGACAGCGGCAAUGAGACCAUGACCAACACCUUCAUGAGCAGCGACUUUCCAGAGGUGAAAGUGUCGGAGCAGACGCCCUCGGACGAGCUGGCCAGGAAGAUGAGACAUUACAGUGGCAGAACACAUUCGUCCAGCACCGCCACGGCCUAUUCACCCUACCAGCAUGACACAGAGACAGACUCGUCAGGCGCUCCGCUGCUGCUUCUCUGAAAGCCAACAAGGUCAUGUUAGGGUUACCGGUUGCCAUACGGGCUUUCAUUUAUGCUGUUACCGAGUUCUGGCUGGCUCAUUUUAGUGCUGCUACUUGUUACAAGCUGUCCUGGUGUCAUUGCCCUCUCUCUCUCUCCAAUCAACACUUUUUAUAUACAGAGAGAGAGCACAUUCAUUUUUAUACUACGUAUUUGUAAAGUGCUUGGAGUGGCAUUGUCAUGUUGGUAUGGCAGUCAGACUUGCAGGAAUGUUAUGGAAGCAAUUGUGCAGGUUCAGUCAGGGCUCAUUGACUCAGGCCUUUUUUUAUGUCGCUGAAUUGAUGUUUUGACCUUUGUUUUGAAGCCAUAUUUCCUGCCAGGUUAAGUUACUCUCUGGGUUGUUCAACCUCAUGUUGGUUUGUUUUUUUUAGUCAUUGAGGCGGUGAGUACUGUUUUGGACAGAAUAAUUACUGCUUGUGUCAUUCCAUGUUAGUUCAAUAAAGAUGUAUAUUUGUA